AGAGGCAUGAGAAGAUGGCGACGUAUUUGAAACGAACGUCAAAAUUGUUUGAUUUAUCGUUAUCGCGGAUGUCUGCGGAGGUGAAUUUGAGGGACUUGAUGUGCCCAGUGUGCAGAGGCAUCCUGAUAGAGCCAGUGACGCUCCCAUGUACGCACAAUUUGUGUUUAAGGUGCCUCAAGGGUACCUUCGAGCACAACAGUCUGAGUUGUCCGCUCUGUAGAGUUCGUGUAGGUUCCUGGCUACGUACGGCCACCAAGUCGGAAACUCUCGUAAAUAACGGACUCUGGGAACUCAUUCGCACCAAAUUCCCGAGAGAAGUCGAAAGCAAGCACAACGGCGACGAGGCUGACAUCGAGCUGGACUCUGACUACACCAGGACGAACAAAAUACUCAGUGCUGCUGGAGAGAUUCGUAGGGAAUAUGAGGCUCAACUGCGAAUUGCCGAAGAAGAGAUGCGAAGGCAGCGGGAGGCAGAACGAAUCGCCAGCGAAGCCUUGAUACGAAAAAUUCAGGAGGAGGAACAGCACCAGUUAACACAGUUGGCCCAAGAUCAAUUAUUGGCAAAAAGUUUGGCGAAGAGACAAAUUAUGGAUAAGGACAACGAAGCGAUGAGAUACUAUAAUGAGUAUUUGAACGUCUCGAUGCCGGAUUGCAACAUCGAAAAGUCAAAGUUGAAUAUGCACUUAACACCUGUCACCGAUGCAGAACUGUCAACGGUAGCUGGUAUAAAUUUACAGGACGAGAAGGCGAUUGUAAUUAAAUCAAGGGAUGGCUUAGAACCACGGAAAUCAAAUGUUGCAUUAAUAUCGAAAAUUCGGACAGAGCGAUAUGCUUCUAACAUAAGGGGCAAUCCUUCAAAUAUAUAUAAUGACAUUGCUGAUAAUAAAUUAUGCUGUCAAAAAGCAAUACCUAUGCAUAACACCGUAGCAAGAACAUUGAAGCAUCCGGUCAUAUCGAAAUUUCCACAACCUUGCGGUUCAAAGUAUGUACCGGAGCCUGGUUGCUCUGGUUCUAAAAUGUAUGGUUUACAAAGUAAAGAAGAAUUACAUGUACCGAGUGAUGUUUUGACUAAUAACAAAAAGCGAUUAGGAGUUGAAGUUUGCGUGACCGUUGGCGAGGACGACGAAAGAAUUGGAAGUGCAGAAAGCGCUGGCAGUCAUGAUAGUAUUAAUCAAGAAAUUCAUCAUUUUAAACCUAUAAAAGCAAUGCCAAGAACACCGCUCAAAAUGUCUCCAGAUGGUAAGCAGAUAGAUCCAAAAUUAAUUCGAGUUAUCCCUUUGUUGAAAUACGUUUCCAAUGUUGUGCCAAAACCUCCGGCACCGACUCAUUUGAAACGGAUGAUCGGUUGCUCCUGGAGUGCCUUUAAAGGUAAAGCACGACAAGACUUGAAGAUAAAAGAAACAUCUGGCGAACUGAGUACUGCGGAAGAGGAUACCGACAAGAAAUCAUCAUCGUCACUGCUGAACCAAUUUCAGAAUAUUUCUAAUAAGUUAGUAAAAUCUCAGGUGUCCGAAACGGUUCGAAGGCUUGACCUUGAACCCGAAUUAGCAUUUGACAGUAAUAAGAACUAUGCGAAGAACAUUAACCGAAUGAUCAAUGGUACUAAAGUUAGCAAAAAAUUAAUUCUGGGCAAGGACAUGGAGCCGGAAAGGAUUGGCAAAUCUUGGAAAGGUAAAAAUGGAAUACUUGUCAAAUGUAGACGUCAGAAGAGCUGGGACGAACAGAAGGACGUGGAACACGUUGACUCGAAGAUUUCAGGAGACGAUGAUAACGAAGAUUCCGACAUCAUCCUCUGUUCGCCCAAUCCCGCGGAAAGUUCCUCGAAAUAUCACGAGAACACGGUAGGCUCCUCGAACGUGGCAGUGCACGAGAACAUUGCGGAAAGAAUGAAGAAGAGAAAAGCGCACCUCGGUAACGAGACUUCGCAGAACGCCAGGGACCUUGUAGAACCAGAAAACGUGCCUAGGAGGACGACGAAGAAAUCCAACAAAAAGAAUUCCGUCUGUUCGGAGCCCUUCGAGGACACUGGCUCGGCAUUAAGUGGGAGACAAAAAAGGAAAGCGGCCUCCAAGAGUGCACCCAAGUCGAAGCGACAAAGACCCUACAGAUUAACUCGAGCAAACUUUACCAAUUUAACGGGCAGCGUCGAAUCGCUGAUCGAGUCCAGCGACAACGGCGUGGCCUCCGAGGCAGGGAAACUCUCUUGCAAGAGGGCCAACAAGAAAACGCCGAGAAGUUUGCUGAAGGGGGACGAGUUCAACUCUCUCGAAAAAAAUCUGAGCGAGACCGAGGAUUUGUACGACUCCGGAGACGGCAGAGCCAACGAGUCGGCCUCCGAGGACAACGGGCUGGACACCGAUGACCCCUCCUACGGUGACCCUCAGAAAUUGUCCGAGGAGGACGUCAUCAAGGAGCAGGAACGGAUCGAGAGGCUCGUUCUCCAGGAGAAGCAAGACUUCGAGCUGGCCCAGAGACUGCAGGCCAAAUUCAACGAGAUGGAGAGAAUAGCCGGACGCACCAGGGGCUCCAGAAGGGCCCUCGAGAACGGCAGCCUGGAGGCGGAUCUCUUCAAGAUCGACUUGAGGAAGAGUGCCAAGAAGACCAACGCGCACACUGCCAAACGAGCAAUCAAUGGCGAGGUAACGAGCAGUCCCGGUAAGCAGCGAAGGCCUCAGAGACGAGCGGCGAAAUAAUGCGUCUGUCCUUCGCACCCAUCGUCGUAACGAGCCCUCCAACGCGGAUGUUCCUAUAUAUAAACUUAACGCAAGGCGGUUUCAAAUUCACCGUGGGUAUUGCAACACUUUUUAUGUCAUUCAUUUGUCCGACACGAUGAUACGUACCUGGUUGCCUCGAGGAGGGCCGUGUCAAGACACCCGUCAAGAAAUGUCAUUUUAUCGGAGGCCUGGAUUACUCUACGUUGCGUUCGUAAUGCAUUAAUGGGCUUUUACAUUUAUUAUUCCUGACACGUCGUGUGAUUUUACCGAAGAUGCGGCAGAUCGUCCGAUAGAAAUUUAUAUUUCACGCAUUUCUACUGGCCUGUAAUACUACUCUAGAAUAAGGGUAACUAGGCGAGGAUUUUUUUAAAUCAUUUUAAGUCAGUGCUGGUCUUACGGAUUAUUCCUGGGGAUUUUCGAGCGCACUUGGGGAAUUACACUACGUGUCAUUGGCAGCGUGCAUGAAGAGGUACUCGAAGUGCAACGAGCGUCGUGGGCGCAUUUGUACGGGCGUCAAAGAUAUUACGUUAUCUGGUCAUUUGGUUAAUUAAUCUCUUACAUUUUUCUCUCCAUCUUGUCAUGGACGAUGUAGGCGUAACACGGUACAAAUGUACUCACUUCCGACUCACGUAAAAUGAGAUUCCUUGGACGAAGUCGGUUAAACGGGGCUUAGAAAAAUCGCUCCUCGGUUGAACGAAGUUUCUGCCUUGGCUGGUUUUCUUUUUCUUUUUUUUUUUUUCCCAAAGAAUCGGAUCCCGAAGAAAUAUUUUCCUACAUUUACGAGAGGUCGGGGACCUUCAUCGUGGCUCCUCACCUUUCUUGUACAAUUAUAAAUGCCCGAAGUUUAAUGAUAUUCAAAGUCCAUUGAUUUCGUUGUCGAUCGCGAUAUGUAUUCGAGAAGUAACGCAAGAUUCAGGUCCGCGGGACGAGGAGGAAUUAAAGAAUUAUUAAUUUUUUCUCACGACUCCGUCUAUGCGAUCGUCUGACGAAGCGAAGGCGGAGCUCGAUUUUGAUCUUUUGGUGUUUAUGGAUACUUUGUGCCACAAGUUAUAAUUGUAUGCUCGAUAUAUAUAUAUUUUUUUUUGCGUAAAGAGGAAGGAAGGGACUACGAUCGAGGAUGAGGGAUUUUUUUUAAAUGCCGGUUGUUGAUACCUAUCGCCAACGAGACUACCGCGCGGACGGUAGAGGUUCCUCUUGGAUUCAAGACUCAAUUGUACAUUUGCUUAAAAUUAGGGUACGUAGUAUUGAUUAAAAGUCUGUGAAUUCUUAAUUCUAAGUUCGAACUCAACCUUGGAGCGCCAUCAAUCCGUGGAUUUUACUAUUAAGCGAGCGUCGUCCCGCCCUCGACGGGGGACGCGCAUAGGAUUUAAUUUUAUAAAUACUGUUGCGCGAUUAAUUAUAAAUACUGUCCAUCGAUUUAACGGUCCGGAAGUACGUCCACGAGCUGUAAUCAGGCUGGCGAAUCAAACGCGAAACGGUGGCCUCGUUUUAACGUCGUUCCAAGCACCUAUCAAAGGAUUUGAAGUACCGGCUAAGAAGUAUUAAUAUAACGAAGUACUCUAGUUACAUUUCGAUCUAUUCGGGGCAAUACCUCGAGCUGCGUUGUCCUUACCAGGGUGCAAAAGCAACGAGCUGCGUUAUUAUACGUUUACGUAAAUUAUUAGUCAUCGAGGACCUCCACCUUCUGGGCCACUGCUCCUCUUCGCCUUGCGCAAUCGUUUACGUGCAACCUUCUUAUAUACCCUUAUUACGCGAUAAAUCGUAGAAUUUAAUUUCGGUCUCCCUAUUGAGAAGCGUCCUCACUUUAUUAAUUCCAAUCUAAGACGAUAUUCCCAGCUAGGACGUGGCGAUAAACCAUAGAAAAUUAUAGAUACCCAAUACUGCGGUGACACAUUCGUGCGAGCUCUCGCUUUUCACCGUUUACAGAUCUAACACGUUCCGUUGGCGCGAUUUACACCGGGGGAAGAUGAAGUAUUUUUUUACAACCGCCCCUGGCUUCGUAGAAUUUCUAAAGAUCAAGCAAAUCGGAGGAUCCUUCAUCGUGCCGCUCUGACUUCUCUCUCUCUCUCUCUUUUUUUUUCCCCCUUUUUUCCUUACUUUUUUAUACGCUUUCUAAGAGUGGCCGUCAGACGCGAAGCGAGAGGCUUAUCAAUUUCCUCGCGAUAAACGUCUUCCGCGCCCUGAUCGAAUCUUCGGACCACUCUUUUUCGGAUCGGAUGAGAUAUGCGCCGGUGCACCGAACGCGGUCACAGGGACAAUGGAGUAUACGCGGCCUCGUAAACGCGGAAUUGACUCUCUGCCUGGGGAAUAAAAUUCCAACCGAGGGACUUUUGCCCGCGCCUCGUCCGCCCUAAUCCACUCGUAAAAAUGAAAAUUUACCGCCAAAGGGUAAAUCUCGGCCCCGGAUUUAUCGCUUGACGCGAAUCAACGUCUGAGUCGAGCGAUUUUUUUUUCUCUCCACUAGCUUUUUUUUUCUUUUUUUUUUCCACCCCCGGAACCGGAGAGCCCUUCCUUUGUGAUCGCGGGGGUGCAACGUCGAGUCGAUUUGCUCAAAUCUUUUAUGUUGAUCGCUUCGACUCGUCGAUGCGGUUUCCCUAGAAUUUCGGGGGAAGGCUUAAUUGUACAAUGGCGUUUUUCCUAUUUACAGAGAGAUUUAGAAAUCAUUGCUAUACGUCACUUAACGAUUAAUGCCGCAGACCCGAUUACAUUUGAUCAGGCUUUCGCCGUUUCCUUUCGUUACGAGUUAAGAGGUGCCGAUCGCAUAGUUAGAUUGUAGCGAGGGAGCGACUUCCUGGCCGAGAGGACUCAUCUCGGCCGGGUCGGAAAUCGCUGGUCCAGAUCGAACGCCGAUCGUGCUAAUCGUACUACGAGCUAAUCCUUGGAGAAUUAACCUCCUGUUAAGACGAGACGAGAUCACGCGGCUGGCGGCGAGGGAAUUAAAUACCAGAGUAUAUAGAUAAAUAUCCUAGCGUUACGAUAAUAAUGUGUAUUGAAAUAUCAUGUAUUAAUACCGAAUGAAUAGAUUAUAAAUAAAAGUAGUCUUGCAUCGAA